GGAGACGAAGAAGAAGCGCUUUUCUGGUGCAACGCGGCCGCUCCCACGUUAGCCGGAGAUCACCGAUCAUGGAUUAUUUGGAUUCCCGGCAGUCAGGAAUUCAUGCUGACCCAAGGCACUUCACGCACGAUUCUCCGUACGGAGAGUCAAGUAUUCAUUUACUCCGCGACAGUCAAGUCCACGCAGCCCAUGCAAGAGACUCCAGAGAGUAUUACACCUGGUUCAUGGGCAUCACCAGCGUGCUGUGCUGCAUCUGCUGCGUUGGCAUCAUCAUUUUUACUGCCACGUGGCUCUACGAGAACAACAACGCAGCAACCAUCGACGCUGGCAAGACGUUUUCAAGAAUACAGCCAAAGGUCUUCGCCACCGACACAGAUAUGGUGGUGCCCGCUCUGGCACCCCGGAUGUCACACAGCAGCAGCAGCAGCGCCACAGCCACCACUGCGACUGAAACGGGCGGAGACCCUGUGACAAAAACGGCCAAAAAUGCGCCAAAACCUGCGUCACCCAGGACGAAAAAACCCACAUCCACGAUGCCCGCGACUUCGGUCCCAUCCGUGACAAUAGAGACGUCUACGAAACACGUGACAUCGACGGCUGCCGUGGCAGCGACGGGCGUGGCAGCGACGGGCGUGGCAGCGACGGGCCUGCUGUUGUGCACGGUGGGCAACGAAAUAUCCACGUACAUCCAGUUGCCUGACGAGAAAUUGUGCCGCUACGUGUUUUACGAGUCCGUGGGGGAAGACGGUACCACAGGCAUCAUGGGUGACUUGGGUCCCGCGAGGAAAUUCGUCGAUCUGGCAAAAACGCACUCGAGCACGAAAUUCGGCAUCUCGUUCUACCCAAGAAGUGACAGCGAGUUCAUGAACUCUUUCUUGGAUGCCGACUUCCAGAAGGCACUGGACGCUCUGUGGCGGAACAAGAUCACGCACUUCGGCGCUCUCAGCAUAUACGGAGACCUUGUUGAGCUUGACGUCUUACGGAGAGUGCUGCAAGCACUGAAGUCCAUUUAUGGCCACCUUGUCCCGAAAGCAACUAGGAUUCGGAGUCCGAUGAUGGCACUCGGUGUCGCGCCAGACAACAUCAGCGCACUGGCCCAUCUUCCGGAGCUCAUGAUGACGGAAUAUGUUCCCCACCUCUUCGUGUCAAUCGCGCACCUUUCCGGCGUCGACACUUCGUCCUCAGAAUGUCUCAUUCUGCCGCCGUCCGUCUUCAUUGUUCCGCCAGGAGUGCACCCUUAUUACCCCCAUACUGUGAACGACUCUAUCCAACUGCUGCAGCAGGUCGCUCGCGCCACCACCGUUCCUUCGCUGGCACUGGCGUUCACUCUUCGAGCACGACUAUACGAGCCGGAGAAUCCAGAUCCGCGAAAUGUACGCAUCGGCAAUUACAGCGCCUUCAAGCCCUGCAAGCCGAAUUAUCUGUCGCAGUUCCGGCCACCAGCGUCGUUUUGCUCUGACGCAGAACUGUCCCGGAACUACCUAUACGACAGCAAACUCCACGUAUCCUUAACAUAUAGCAAGACGUCCAAGGUCACCGUGACCUUUGACAGCGAGAGAGCCCUGCGUGCAAAGAUAUGCGGCACCAAACCGAACGCCAAGGCACUUGCUUACCACAUCGCAGCGUAUGACAUUGACUACGAUGCUUCAUGGUCGAGCGCUUGUGUGUUCCUGACUCUGCGGGGACCCUACUACCGCCUCAAGCUCCUCUGCAAGCUGGAACACCUGCUCCUCAACGGAUACACGCAGAAAGGCUGCCGCAGUCGUGCCUUCAAUAUGUCGUCCGAUAACUGCGACGCCUAAAGAUACGCGACGGUUACGUCGGUGAUAUAGACAGUGAAAAGUAUGUCACUAAUAAGUAAAAGAUGCGCGCUCCUACGCGUUCCUCUGUUGUUCCCAGAUGUGACGCUUCUCCUUCGUUUUGCUAAAAGCAUUGCUUUGUUGCGGCAUUCCCGCCGAUACUGUCGUAUUUUGUAAAUGAUUCACACGCCGCAUUUAUUUCCAAAUGAAAUUACGGUGCCACUCCUUUGUAAUACACAUGCUACACGUACUAUUCUUUUUUAUUUAUGUUCUGAUUACCAAUUUCAACUCGGACCAAAAAUUACGCCGCA